CGAUACGGUGAUCCAGUUGAAUGCAGCCUCGUUAUCACAUCAUUGAACGCUCCCCCUACCUACCAAGCACUAUCAUACGCUUGGGGCACGCAAUCGGCUGUCGAAGAAAUCUCUUUGGAGGGAAAACGCUUCAAGGUCACGCCGAAUCUGGAGGAUGCACUACUACAAUUGAGAAAUGAUAAGGCAGACCUUUUCUCGAUAGAUGCCAUCUGCAUCUAUGUGUAUCGACCCUAA